CGUGGAACCCUCGACCCUCCUCCUCCCCUUUUCCUCCCGCAGCCCAUCCUCUUCGGUGUCCCAGCACACACACACACACGCACCGCCUUCGCCAACCUUCCCCUAGGGUGCUUCUCUUCUUCUUUCGCCGUCUCCCUCCAGUCUCCCCUCCCCCCAGUCGACGGUCGGUUUUUUAUUUCUUUGCGUCCAGCUUCAGCUUCAGCUCCAGCCUCGACCCGACAACCCACUGUCGCCGUCGCGUGUUCGUGCUGCUGCCCUGCAACGCUCAACCUGAAUCCCGAGUGCCGCCUCCCUGCCCGAGCCACUCGUCCCGCUUUUUUUUUUCUUCAGCCAAAGGCCCUGCCAAACUACUUGCUGCUUGCCAGACAGACCCUCUGCGCUCGCUCCACGGUCCAACCCAAGCCUCCUCGAUCGCCUUUGUGACAAAGAAAAACAAUCGCUUGCGUGACCCUCCUCGGCCCCUCUCUUGCGCAUCAAUCCUCCACCGGGAACAUCAUCCUCAGGAACGCCCAAAACCCGAAAGAAAACGCCCCCCUACCUACAUCGCGACCAUCUGUGACUUUGACUAGUCAUGGCCAGUCCUUUGCAGUUUGCCUACCGAACCCAGACGGCCAUCGGCGUCUUUGACGCUGCGCCUGUCUACGAAGCCCUCCCUGGGUUCGUCAAGCCCCAAGGGAACCUCCGGUGUUGUGUCUACUCGCCAUGCGGCCGCUAUUUUGCCUAUGCUACCAACGACGGCAUCUCGGUCGUCGACGCCUCGGUCGGCCACGUCUUGACCAGCCUCCCACUCCCCAUGGUGUACGAAAUCAGCUUCUCCCCAGGCGGUACCUACAUGAGCACCUGGGAGCGCCCCGCCAAGGAUGAGAAUGGUGAUGCUACCAAGAACGUCAAGGUCUGGCGCACCAUCGAGGACGUCCCCGAAGGCCAGGAAAAGCAGCCGCUGGGCAGGUUUGUCUACAAGAACAUGUCGGGCUGGAACCUGCAGUACACGGCCGAUGAGAAGUUCUGCGCUCGUCUGGUCACCAAUGAGGUCCAGUUCUACAACAGCAACGACCUCUCGGCGCCUUGGAACCGUCUCCGCGCCGAGGGCGUCACCGACUUUGCUAUCGCGCCUGGGAAGAGCCAAAACGUGGCCGUCUUCAUCCCCGAGCGCAAGGGUCAACCGGCCGCCGUCAAGGUCUACAACGUCCCCCAGUUCAGCAGCCCGAUCUCGCAAAAGACAUUUUUCAAGGGCGACAAGGUCCAGCUCAAGUGGAACGCGCUGGGCACCAACCUGAUUGUGCUGGCACAAACAGAGGUGGACAAGUCCAACAAGAGCUACUACGGAGAGACCAACAUGUAUCUCCUGAGUGCCAACGGCUCUUUUGAUGCCAGGAUCACCCUGGACAAGGAAGGCCCUAUCCAUGAUGUGUCGUGGUCGCCCAACUCCAAGGAGUUUGGUGUCGUCUACGGCUACAUGCCCGCCAAGACCACCAUCUUCAACCACCGGGCUGUGCCUACCCACUCCUUCCCUCUGGGACCGCGCAACACCAUCAUCUUCUCGCCCACCGGCCGCUUUGCUCUCGUUGCCGGCUUCGGCAACUUGGCUGGCCAGAUCGAUGUGUACGAUCUCGAGAAGGACAACCGCAAGGUCACGACGAUUGAGAGUGGCAACCCCAGCGUCUGCCAAUGGAGUCCCGACAGUCGCUACAUCAUGACGGCCACCACCUCGCCGCGCCUUCGCGUGGACAACGGCGUCAAGCUCUGGCACGUUGGCGGUGGCAUCGUGUACAACGAGGAUUUCAACGAGCUGUACAACGUCAUGUGGCGUCCCGCGGCUGCGGAUGCCCUCCCGGCCGGGGACCCGCUGCACCCUGUGCCGACCCCCCACCCGUCUGCUCUGAAAUAUUUGGGCACAGUAAAGACGCCUUCCAAGCCCGUGGGCGCCUACCGUCCUCCUGGAGCCCGUGGCUCGUCCACCCCCCUCCACUUCAAGCGCGAGGACGAGGGCGGGGCUGCGCACACGGUUAGCAACGGUGUGCCCCAGAUUGGGCCCAACGGUUUUGGUCGCCCCCGCAACCAAAUCCCCGGUGCCGAAUUCACAAGGCCCGCCGGCAUUCCCGGGGCCAUCGCUGCUGACGGCGGCGAUCUUUCCAAAACGGCGGCCAAGAACAAGAAGAAGAGGAACAAGAAGGCCAAGGAGGGCGAGGGCAAUGCCACGGAUGCUCCCGGUUCCGAGGGUGGCCUUGCGCCUCCACCCCGAGAAUAUGGCAACGGCUCCCCUGCUGAGGGCCGCAGCCCCGAACGCCGUAACCAGGGUCAGGGCCACAGCUCCCAGCACCGCAGCCAGUCUCGCAACAACUUCAACGGUCGCAACCGUAGCAACACGCACCGUGCCCGCUCCCAGAGCCGACCCGGCCACUUUGGACAGUCGGCGCAGCAGCAGCAGCAGCAGCAGCCUCAAGGAGGUUCCCCUCUCGGCGGCGGUGACGGUGCUAUGACGCCUGCCCAAAGCGCCAACGCCAAGAAGAUUCGCAGCUUGCAGAAGAAGAUCCGGGCCAUCGAGGACCUGGAGAUGAGACAUGCUGGUGGUGAGAAACUGGAGGAUACGCAGGUGAAGAAGAUUGCUACCAAGCCAUCUGUCAUGAAGGAGCUUGAGGCGCUGGAGAGGGAGCAGUAGACGAGAUUAGUGCUGAACCAGUCUCGGGGAUAUGAGGAUGACGGAGGGGAAAAGCACAGCGUAGAGUUGUGUACUUUUUCCGCCUCGUGUCCAGCUUGUUUCUUUGCUACUUGCUUCUGGACAACAAAUCGAGACUCGAGAUUUACGAAACCUACCCUCCUGGAUGUUCAACUUCGCGGUAUCGAGCGAGAGUGUGGGGUUUGAGAAAGGGAGGGUGGGAGAAGAGUUAUACUGAUGAAAAAUGAGAAAUAUGCCUCUACUACGAAAGUUUGCUUGAUCAAGCAGGCGAGUAGGAAGUAGCGGUAGGAAUGAAUUGAUAAGUGCCAGCUUCUGAUUUCGUGAUCCAGUUUUUCUCGUCGAUGUGUUGCCCCACAAAACAUGCGACUGUGAAACCUUGUCCCGGAUCUUUCGAUCUCGAUCUCUCAGGUCAGGGGUGGUCCUGAGCAAAAGCCGGGAGGGAAAGGGCGGGCGGGGUAGACCAAGCCAAAGGCGGGGAAGCGUUGUGCUUGUGCAAGCCACUCCCCGUUUCUUAUUUUGAUGUAGCCAUGGAGGGAGGCUUACAAGGUCGGUGGGAGAUGGCUUCUGGGUACCACCCGGUAGACAAACAAAACAAAUGAGUACCGCAGACAACACAAAAAAGAAAAGGCCGGAAGGUAGCCAGUGUGACAUGAAGGAAAAUAAAGCAGAGGUUAGCAAAAAGCUCACCGGCCAAGCCGUGAUGGAGUGGCCGGUUACGAAAGCCGUUUCGGGCUCAAACUGGAGGUACAAAAGCAGAGGAGGAGUUAUCUAGCCACAUAGCACAAUGGAACAGGUCGUCUUCUACUUUGACAC